UACCUUGUUGUCAAGUACACGUGUUUACCGAAAAUAUAAAAUUAAGUUGCGUUUCGUGCUUAUCGUUAAUAAAAAGUACUUCAGAUCUGAUAAAGACGGAUUGUACCGAGAGUCGGACUAUAUUUUGGUAUAUAGUUGUCCGUGAGGGACCUAAGUAUUUGUGAUUCGGGAAGUAAUUAUUGGAGAUUUCCGUAAGCCAGUAAUACCGGCAUUUUCUUUUCCGCGCGCGGAGAUACUAAAUUGAAUAUACAGCAAUUAAUUGGGGACAUCAAUACCAUUCCAUGAUCGGACAGGCCGAUUAUAUUGUAAGGACGUCCACGCCGACCCCGGCUAGAGUUUUGAGAGGCAACGACCACGUGGAGACGGAUCGCCCAUACUCCGAGAUCAUCGACCGAUUUCCACAAAUAAGUGCAAACUAUAAUUUUGAUCCUUGCUCGAGUAUUUUGUGUAGAGAACGACAAAAAUUUCGACUUAAAAUCCCAAAUAGCUUACGAGAACUUGGUCAAAUUUCAGAUGCAAAUAAAAUUGCAAAAGCUUGUAUCGGAGUUAUCGGAAAAUCUGCUGUGAUGUUUACAACAUAUACGUUAUUAGCGGCUUCUAAUGAUAGUGACGAUGUAUUUAUGGAUGGCACUUUUGAGAAUAUUUCAUCUAAACCCAAUAUACAUCAACUCUACACCAUUUACAUUAAAUGCCGAGAUACGUAUGUUGCGGCAUUUCUUGUAUUGAUGGAAAAUCGGGAUACUGCAAUUUACAAUGAAGUGUUCAAAUGGAUUAAAAGUCAAGCACUAUCUUUAGAAACAAAUAAUAAAUUGAUUUUUCUCAGUGAUUUCGAAAAAGCAACCAUUAAGGCUUUAAGGCAAAGCUUUCCCGUAGCCAAAAUCCAUGGCUGCUAUUUUCAUUAUGUGCACGCUAUUAUUAGGAAAUGGACAAAGAUGCGCCUUGAUAUUCCCGAUAUUUUUUUGUCAAUGAUACUGACUGUACCAUUAUUACCUUGUAAAAAAUUCAAUGGAGCUGAAAAAAUUUUAAAAGUUGAUAUCUUGAUAAAUAAUUAUUCUGCUAAAGAUACUAAUAUAUUGCUGUUCAUGGACUAUUUUCACAAAACGUGGAUAUCCCACUCAAAUCAUAUGGUAUUGAAUAAGUAUGGAUCUAUGAAAAAUCAAAUUAUACCAGAAUGGCGAUAAAUGGCAAAAAACUGAAGAGAUCUACCCCGAAACACUUCAUAAAUAGGCGUUAUUACAUUAAUAGUUUAAAACAUGAGUUUGAAAACAAUAGCAGCAGAUUUGACAUUAAAAAUUUUAUGAGAAUGGUACCAAAAUCAUUAGAAGAAUUGAAAUUUUCUUUACGACUAUUGAUUGGCAAAGAUGUCAGUAACAUUAUUGAAGACAAUUUAGCUCCUGAAAGUCUGGAUAUCCCAGAAAGACAUUAAUGAUAAAAAAAAGGACUAUUAUACCUUAUUAAAUGAAGUAGAAUAACUAAUACCUGCUAAAUCUUCUAAUCCUUUUUUACAUAAGAGAGCUCUGUCAUCUAAAACAUUGAAUAAAAAAAAAGUGUCUUGGUCCACUACCACGAGGGUUAUUGCAUCAGGUACUUCACCAGUCAUCGCACCAGUUAUCACACCAGCCACUGUAACAAUCACCUCAUCUGGUUUACAAGCCUGCACACCAGCUACUACAAUAAACAUUUCACGAACGUCUUUACCAUUCAUCACACCUGUUACAGCAACAAUCACUUCAUUAUACCACUCUCAAGUAAUCACACCUGUCAAUGCAUCAACCACUUCAUUAUCCACUUUGCGUGUCAUCACUCCAGUUACUGCAAUAGGCACUUCACGAACAUCUUCUCGACUUAUCACACCCGUUACAGUAACAAAUAUCUCAUUAUCUCGUUCAAAAGUAAUUAUAACAACCACCUCAUCAGUCUUAACAACAGUCACUGAAUCAAUCACUACACAACUUGCUGCAUCGAACGCAAAGCCUCUCAAUGCUAGUUCAAAUCGACAAAUAAAAACAAGAAAUAUUCCUGAUAACAAACCAACUUUAAUCAAAACAUUAAGCAGUCAAAAUUGAAUACCAACAGAAAAUGGGUGAUUUUGAAUUGUGAUUAUCAACCACAGUCAUCGAACAAAAAUGUAAUUAAAUUGGUGCCCAUCGAUAUUAAGAAGGAUUCCAAAAUAAUAGACAAUAAAAAUUCAAGCCCAUCAUCAUCAUCAGGGUACAGAAGUUGGUGCUCAACAAUGAGAAUAUAAUAAAAAAGAAUUCGCGCAAAUUCCCCUGUAUGAAAAUGACGAUCGCGAACAAAUUCACGUGAAUUAAAUAGAAAGAUAUAUUCGAAUAUCGAAUGUCAUAAAAGAACAUCGAAAUUAAGGUUGGGUCUAUGUGUACUAAGAUAAAAUUAUUUUUGUGAAAAACAAAAAUUGCUAAUUAAAUUAAUAUGCAAUUAUGACUUUAUACGGCCUGCAAAUUCAAACAAUUUUAAAAAUGAAUAUUUUAGAAGAAACUCCUUGCUUUUUGCUCUUCUACAAAAUAAUUUAUUUGUACAAAAAUCAUUUUCAAUGGCCUGAUAUUAUUUUGUUUGCAUUAAAUUUAUUUUGAUUAAAACAAAAUAUAAUAUUUUAUUUUUACGAAUGAAAAUAUUUUAAUCGGAUACCUUUAGAUUAUUUACGCUUUAUCGGAACAUGUUGAAAAUAAAUAUUAUCAAAAAACUUUGUAAUACAUUUUUUAAAUUUCAUAUAAAAAUUUCAAUACUGCAAUUUGAACAGCAAGUUUUACUAUUGCAAAAAGUAAUUUGAGUUGAAUCAUAUUUACAAAUAUUUUUAAGACGUUAUUUCAGAAUCAUCGACAAUUAGACAAAUGACCCUAGAUGCUCAAGCUGUUGCUGAUUGGGCAAGAGAAAAUGGCCUACAAGUAGAUUUAGUUAAAACUAAAACUUUGGUAUUGGGCUCAAGUCGCAAAUUAAAAAAGUUACAAAAUGAAACUCUACCUGAAAUUGUUAUUGACGGGAUAGCCCUUCCUUACAUAGAGUCAACUAAAUGUCUGGGUCUCUAUAUUUCUAAUACAUUAUCUUGGAAUUUACAUGUUUCAAAAACUGUGAGCAAAAUAAAUUCGACGUUAUAUAGUCUAAAAUUAAGGAAGAACAUUUAUACAAAAGACAUUAGGAGGUUAUUAGUCUCAGCAACUAUAUUACCGCUUAUUGAUUAUUGCUCUAUAGUAUUAACUAGCUCUACUGUCGAAGAAAAUUGUAAAAUGCAGCGUUCCUUAAACUCAGCUAUUCGUUUUAUUUAUAAUUUAAAACGUAAUGAGCAUAUCACACCAUAUAGACGUAAACUUGGGUGGCUAUCGGUAAAUAGCCGCCGAAUUUAUUUCUUAGCGUGCUACUUUUAUAAACUAUUAAGUAUAGGCAAGCCGUGCUAUUUACGUGGAUUAUUUAUUGACGAUAUCGAGACUAGACGUUCUGAGAGACUAGCAGCAAAAAAGAACUAUGUAAAUUUUAAGAUGCCUAACUUUGCUACGACUGCGUUUGAAUCUUUUUUUGUUGUUACCUGUAUUCGUCUCUGGGAAGAAUUACCAGCUGACUUGAUAAAUUCAUCUAGUAUUGAAAUCUUUAAAAAUAAAAUGUUCGACUACCUAUUUAAUC